GGUAGUAACUAAUUGAUCUUGUUACGAGUCUAUACCUAGCAAACACAGAAGUAGUUACAGAUUGAUGACCUUUACAGCAAUGAGUGAUAAACUCAAGGUUAUAUUUAUCUGUUAGUAAUUUAUCGUUGACAUAUUAUCAACACAGUGUCUGUUGUUCGUCAGUUAUGUAUGCUGUAUUUGUGAUUUUCGUCUUAUUGUAUUGUAGAUCGUAUGCCCUACAAUGUAUGGAUCACAACAACAAUCCAGUUGAUUGGUACGUGUUAUAUAAAUUACCCAAGGAAGAUCACCACCCGAAUCGAUUAAUUUCCGAAGGCGUCGCAUAUACUUACAUUACGUCUAAUGAUAUAAGUGAUUGGAAACUAUCAUCCAUCUCAAUAGGAGACGCCAAUUCAAUCGUAGGGCUCACCUUAAAACCCUUAUUUACGGAAAAAAACAACGUGUAUAUUCUCUACAAUGACGAAAAUCCAGAUGGCUCAGUAAAUUUCAAUAAAGGCCACACUAAAGGAGUUCUGCUAGGGAACAACAAUGGUGGCAUUUGGUUGGUACAUUCAGUACCACGGUUUCCAUCUCUUGACGCUCACCACUACGUCUAUCCAGCCAACGGAAUGACCUACGGUCAAAGCUUCUUAUGCAUAUCGCUUGGUGUUGAAAAUCUGGAUUUGGUCGGUACGCAACUGCUGUACAAUUUGCCCAACAUGUUCGCGCACAACAUGCCCGACACUUUGAAAUGGAUGUUUCCGAAGAUCGCCAACGUUCUUGAGAACAACUCCAACAAAAGUCCGCCAUGGUACCACUUGCAAACGUUGCGUUCACUGGGAGGUACCGAAUUCACGUCGUUCGCCAAAGGGCCCAAGUUCGCGAAGGAGUUAUACCUAGAUUGGGUCGCGCCGGUAAUCGGCUACGAUCUAUUCGCGGAAACCUGGCUGAACAGUCCGGGAAAAAUACCUUCGGAAUGUGAAAUACACUUUAAAGUCAACAAUGUAGAAUCUCUGAAAAUUGCUGCGGCAAAUGUGUCUUUCAAAGCCUCUGUAGACCAUUCAAAGUGGGCGGUUGCGUCCACAAGCAAGGAGAACGCGUUUUGGGUUUGUAUUGGAGACAUAAACCGAGUGACCGCGCAAAGGCAAAGAGGCGGAGGAACCGUAUGCUUCAGUGAGGCUAAAGUUGCAAAAGCUUAUCAAGAAAUCAUAGCCCAAUUAGAACCUUGCUCUACCUAAGCUGCAUGAGUAUAUUAAUAUUGUUUAGUAGUACAUAUAAUAAUAAAUGAUGUUUAUCUGU